AUUUGUAAUACCUAUAUUUUUUCCAGUAGUGCUAAGUUUUAAAAAAUGGCCCCGAAUUUAAGCAAAUUUACCUCCAGAACUGAUGUAAAAAUUGGUAUAGCCGCUUCUGCGGCAUUAAGUGCUUGGUUAUUGAGAAAUUUCUUAAAACCAAGUACUUCCAAAAAUCUCAAACCUGGGCUCUCACCUGAAGAAAGAGUGCAAUAUAUGAUUAAAGAUAAAGAUAAAAAGGGGCCAAAAGCACAAGUAGAUGCCAGAUUUUUUGCUGAACUAAAAGUACUAUGGGGUAUAAUGGUGCCAGGACUAUGGACCAAGGAAAGUGGCUUCAUGGUGUUAAUAGCUCUUUCAUUAAUAUCUAGAACACUCUGUGACCUGUGGCUUAUUCAGCAUACAACACUUGUAGAAGGGUCAAUUAUUACAAUGAAUCACAAGGAGUUCAGGCGAUUGUUAUUGAUGUUCUUCACGGCGAUGCCUUUGAUAUCUUUAGUAAACAAUGUCUUAAAGUGGAGUAUAGGAGAAGUUAAAUUAAGAUUGAGAACUAAUCUUUCCUUACAUUUAUAUCAACAAUAUUUAAAAGGUUUCACAUAUUACCAAGUGACGAAUCUAGACAACAGAAUAUCAAACGCAGACCAGUUGCUGACCACAGAUAUAGACAAAUUUUGCGAUACCGUUAUAGAUUUAUAUAGCAAUAUUAGCAAACCUCUACUAGACAUCUCUAUAUAUUUGUACAGAUUGACUGUUAAUUUGGGACCCUCGACACCAGGCAUUAUGAUGAUUUACCUGUUCUUCUCUGGUAUAUUUUUAACGUACCUCCGAAAACCCACAGCUCGAAUGACAGUUCAAGAACAAAAAUUAGAAGGUGAAUUCAGAUAUGUUAAUUCAAGACUUAUUACAAACUCUGAAGAAAUUGCAUUCUAUCAAGGUAAUCAUCGCGAACAGUUAACGAUACUCGCCAGCUUCUACAAGCUGACGAGGCAUCUUCGCAACUUCCUAAACUUCAGAGUCGGAAUGGGAUUCGUUGACAAUAUUAUUGCAAAGUAUAUCGCCAUCACAGUCGGUUUCUAUGCAGUAUCACGACCGUUCUUCGUAAAAGACCACAAUCUGUUAACGGCUGGCACUGAACAGGACAGAUUCAGGCACUACUACACCUACGGGCGCAUGCUGGUGAAGAUGGCGGAGGGCAUCGGGCGGCUGGUGCUGUCGGGUCGCGAGCUCAGCAAGCUGGCGGGGCUGACGGCGCGCGUGACGCAGCUGCGGCGCGUGCUGGGCGACAUCAACCGCGGGAACUACACGCGCACCAUGCUCGAGCGCCCGCCCGGCCACGACGGCGCCCCGAUGCUGCUGGCCCCCGGCGCCGGCCGCAUCGUGUACCAGGACAAGAUCAUCCGCUUCGACCGCGUGCCGCUCGUGACGCCAAACGGAGACGUGCUCAUCAAGGAGCUUAGCUUCGAAGUCAAAUCUGGUAUCAACGUGCUCGUAUGCGGUCCGAACGGUUGUGGAAAAUCUUCAAUGUUCCGUAUGUUAGGCGAGCUGUGGCCAAUAUUCGGAGGAACACUCACUAAACCCCCGAAAGGAAAGCUGUUUUAUGUCCCACAGCGACCUUAUAUGACCCUCGGCACUUUUAGGGAUCAAGUGAUCUACCCGCAGACGCGCGAGGAGAUGUCGCGGCGCGGCCGGACGGACGACGAGCUGCUGCGGUUCCUGGACAUCGUGCAGCUCUCCUACCUCGUGCAGCGCGAAGGCGGCUGGGACGCCGUCGAGGACUGGAUGGACGUGCUGUCGGGCGGGGAGAAGCAGCGGAUAGCUAUGGCGCGGCUGUUCUACCACGCGCCGCAGUUCGCGAUCCUGGACGAGUGCACGAGCGCCGUGUCCGUCGACGUCGAGGGGCAGAUGUACCAGUACUGCAGAGAGAUGGGUAUAUCACUCUUUACCGUUUCACAUCGGAAAUCUUUAUGGAAACAUCAUGACCACUACUUACAAAUGGACGGCCGCGGAGGUUACGUCUUCGAAGAGAUCGACAAUGAAACGACGGAAUUCGGCUCUUGAUCCGCCUUUUUGGAUAAAUAGAAACUUCUAGAAAAACCAGUAAAAGAUAUAUACCUAUAAUUUUACGGAUAAUAUAAUAUAACAAGUUUAAGAUCUAAUACAAUAUUGUAUGUAUUCAGAUAUCUCCGAUAGCUAUUAAUGUUGUGGUUUGUAUAUUCCGAUAACUUCAUUGAAUCACAAUAAUAGUAAUUGUAAUAUUUUAUACGUAUCUAAUGUGAUCCUAUAUCCAAUCAAAUAUUAUUAUUAUAUUUAAGUAUUUCAUAUACGUAAUAGAAUUACUAAAGU